UCAUCUUCCUCUUCCUCCCCGUGCCGCCAACAGUCCCGCGCGCAGUCUCCACACCCAUCCCUUGCACAACUCAAACCACCACCACCACGAACACGCUGACUCACUCACCACCUCGUCACUCACCACCUCGCCACACGGCUCGUGUCUCAGCUAUCAACACACCGAGACACACGGCGAUAGACACCGCGUCGGCUUGCAUCAGUCUCUGCGCACCGUCCGAUGAGCGCGGUUGGCCACGUACUGCGCGAAAGAAGCUAAACGUAUUACAUUGCAGACGUCACCUGCUGGAGUUAAACGUCUCACGGGCAAGUGCUUCGGUUGGCAGACUUUGCCAAGCAGUACAAAGCAGGAGUCAUGCUGCCCGCCACCGCUCCAUCGCGUGGAACCAUUCGUCCGAGUACCACGUUUGAUGCAAAGACCGACGCAGAGAGACUCAAGAAAGCGAUGCGGGGCCUGGGCACGGACGAGGAUGCGAUGAUCGACGUCCUGACACAGCGGAGCGCCGCUCAGCGACAGCAAAUCACCGCGGCGUUCCGCAGCCUCACGGGGAAGUCGCUGGUGUCGGAGGUGGAAUCUGAGGUGUCCGGAGACCUGGGAAGACUCCUCGUGUCUCUGCUGCUCACGCCGGCCAUGCUGGAUGCGCAGGACCUGCGGAAUGCCAUCAAGGGCGCCGGUACCAAUGAGGAGACUCUAAUGGAGAUCCUCGGCACCCGGACCAACAAGCAGCUGGGGGAGCUGGCGCUCGCAUACCGCGAAGAGUACAAGACUAGCCCGGACGAUGACAUUGGCUCUGAUACGACCGGCUACUUUGAAAAGACACUUCUGACCCUGCUGAGGGGCAGCCGUGAUGAAAGUGGAAAACCAGACCCCCAGCAGGCACAGAAGGAUGCAAAGGUGCUGUACGAGGCUGGAGAGAAGAAGGUCGGGACGAAUGAGGAUACGUUCAUCUCCGUGCUGUGUGGCCGCAGCGUCCCGCAGCUCAAGCUGGUGUUUGAGGAGUACCGCCAGGUGAGUUCCAAGGACUUGGAGGACGUCAUCAAGAGCGAGACUUCGGGGUCCUUCAGAGACCUACUGCUGGUCAUAGUGAAGUGUGCCAAGAACACCGCCACCUAUUUCGCUGAGCGACUGAACUCGGCAUGCAAGGGCUGCGGGACGCAAGACCGCACGCUCAUCCGCGUGCUGGUGUCCCGUAGCGAAAUUGACCUCCAAGACGUGAAGGUCCAGUACUUGGAAAAGUACGGAAAGCCCCUGAGCCAGGCCAUCAAGGAGGAGACGUCCGGGGACUACCUCAAGGCCCUGCUCAAGGUGUGUGGAGAUAAUGCGUGAGGGAGCCCGUGGGAACCCGUGAGUGGCAGGAGGAGGGACCCAGCGAACGUGGAACGUUGAGCCAACGUUGGGCCAGCCACGGUGCAAACGUUUAGGGCAGUGUCGGCGUGUUUACUGGCAAGUUGCAUCAUCACUAUCAUCUACACCAUCAUAAAAUCAAAUACUCACGUGUUAUGCAUACAUUUUACGUAGAUAAAUUCAGGGGUGCGGGGAGCCACGAAAAAGUGCAAAGGUAGCCAGAACAAUUUCCCAAGCUCUGUGGUCCUACAUUGUUGAUGUUUGGCCAACUCCAUCAGUGAUUAUCCCUGUGGGAGGAAACUGGAGCACCCAGACAUGCGAGCGGGGUGACGUGUUACGGAUGGAAUACAGAUGGAAAUUAAUCCACUUGGGUGUACUGCCAUCAUAUCCUGGCGAGCCGGGAGAUAGCAACCUUAUCGGAUGACAGAGACGCGUAAGCCUCCAUCAUCACCACUAUCAUCAUCGGUGUCAUAAUUACCAUCAUCACAACCACCAUUGUCAUCAUCGGUGUCACGAUCAUCACCACAACCACCAUCGUCAUCACCGCCAUCAUCAUCAGUGUCAUCAUUACCAUCAUCACAACCACCAUCAUCAGUGUCAUCAUUACCAUUAUCACAACUACCAUCAUCAGUGUCACUAUCAUCACCACUAACAUAAUCAGCCGCAUCAUCAGCAGAGGCCACAUCAUCAGCAGGUUAAAUAAAGGAUGCCAAGUCAGAGGCGACACUGUCCACACCAUGCCCACUCGCUUUUCUCAACAGACGUAGAUGCUUGUCUUGAACCUGCGUCCGUGUCCUCCGCGCGCUCCCUCCUCUCUGUCUCUCGUUGCGCCGCAUCUCUCCACGCUUCUUUGCGCACUUUUCAGUUUUCCUUCCAAUCUAUUGUUGGGGUUUUUUUGUUUGUUUGUUUGUUCAUGACCCCAUUUAGAAUCCGUGUUUCACAGUAGCCCGUGUGCUAGAGUUGCAUACCUGUCAACCCCUUAUCAUUGCCCUAUCUUGUUACAGACCAUUUAAGACCUUACUGAUCACCCCGUACCCUUAUAAAUCUCAACGUUCGUCUUACCAAGUCCCAUCACAAGGGAGAAACACAAACAAAUAGACAGAAAAAUGUGUCCGUAUUGAAACGGCUGUACGCCGUAUGGACCUGAAAACUUAAUUUCCCUGUACAAGAACACGGGGUUGACACGGUAUGGCAGUGGUGGUGGUGUUGUCAACUUGUUGAUUUACUAUUACGAGCGAGAUGAUUGUGAUUGAUUGAUGAUGAUUCCGAUUGUUGACCCAAGGAUUAAAGCCUCGCAAAGUCUCAA